AUGCAGCCGCAACAGCAGCAAUAUGCAGGACAACAAUAUCCUGCGCAACCACAAUAUCCUGGGCAACCACAACCGCCAUAUCCAGGACAGCCUCCACAAUAUACAGCCCAACCUCCACAGUAUCCAGGGCAACAAUAUCCCCCACAACCUGCCCCAGCUCCAGCCCCGAAUGUAAUAUAUGUUACAUCUCCCACACCGGUUGUGACUGCUGCACCCAUACAAGCGAACACCAGAUGGCGCAACAGGCCACAAACUAAUGCAACAGCAGCAGCUGGUAUCAUUUUCGUAUCGGGCGGUGCCAAUUUAGCCUACAGCACCGGAUGGUCACCAGUGGCAAGUUUAUUUGGCGAUCAUUAUCUAUACUCAUGGUUUAUUGCUGUAAUAAUUGGUUGUAUUAUUUCGAUACCAUUGCGUAAAUUUGUUGCCCAGAGACUAAUACUGGCCAUAUCCACGCUACUAAUUCUGAUUAGUGGCAUCAUUUUUGCCAGUGACCCCGGCAAUUAUGAUUCCCUGAUGGCGGGGCGUUAUCUCAAUGGCAUUGCCAUUGGUUUGGCCACAGUACCGUUCCUGAUGAAUGCCAGUGAAAUUGCCGAUAUUCAAUAUCGUGGUGUAUGCGUUUCCAUUGAACAAUAUUCCUUCUCGCUGGGUAUUGCGGUACAAAUGAUCUAUGUCUCAAACUGGAACGAACAGGUCGAUUUUCCUGCCAAUCGUCUGCAUGGUAUUUUGGAUAUUAUCUAUGCCAUAUUUGCUGCUCUUUCCUUGGUAUCGGUUGUGGACUCACCAGUCGAUAUAUUGCGUAAGGGUAAUGAAAACGCUGCCUUGGAGACAUUGGCUCGUUUGCGUCGUCCCCAGGGGGUGACAACAGAAACUCAACGUUUGCUGAACGAAUACAAGGCCUAUGUACGCGAGGAGGAACACCUUACAUGGAUGCAAAGUUUCGAACGUGGUCUGGUGCCGUUGGUGAAAGUUCUAUUCAUUCGUAGCAUGAUGUUGGCUUUCUGCAUGUCUCUGCCCUUGAACUGGAGCAUAUUAUAUAGUAUACAGACAACGUAUGGCACUUGGGUACCUACCGUUUCGGGUAUUUUCCGUAUUUUGGGUGGUAUUGUUGCCGUCGGUAUGGUCGAUAAUGCAAAUCGUAAAAUACCAUCGGUGUUCUCAAUGUUAAUCAUCGGUUGUUUCCUUAUCGGUUUGGGUUCACUAUUCCAGUCGUAUUCGAAUGUUUUCAACUACGAUGAUAUGAAUUCGGCAAUGUAUUUGUAUUUGUUUUUACAAUUAUUUGCCGGUUUCUUUGUACCCUACACAUCGAUAUAUGUCAGUGAGGCAUUCCCGCUGCGCGCCAAGCCCAUCCUAAUGGCUGUUGUUGUUAUCGUGGAACAGAUAAUCCAUAUUAUAUUCAUUGAAACUGUUGGUAAUAAUUUGGGUGAUAAUUUAAUGACCCAGGGUAUAAUAACGGUGGUCGUAUUUCUAUUUUUGGGCGUAGCCAUGCCCGAGACAAGAAAUACAACAUUGACCGAGGCACAGAUACGUUUUAGGAAAUUAUUGAAUCUGUAA